AUGGAGAAUCGACGCGUCGUAGUGACUGGGAUCGGGGCUGUAAGCCCAUUGGGAAAUGAUGCCAAAUCAACCUGGGAAAGCAUGAAAGUCGGCCGAAGUGGCAUUGGCCUCAUCAAGUCUAUGGAUACCAGCGAGUAUCCGGUCAAGAUCGCCGGUGAAGUGCGUGAUUUUGAUCACACUCAUUACUUUUCCAAUCCCAAGGAUGCCCGACGCAUGGACCGCUAUGCCCAUCUUUCCAUCGCGGCAGCUCAAAUGGCUCUCACUGAGUCGGGUCUUGCCGAAGGCGAGGUGGAUCGAGAUCGGGUGGGCGUGAUGCUUGGGAGUGGAAUCGGCGGAUUGGGCACUCUUGAAACCAACCACACCACUCUGAUGAGCCGCAGUCCGAGCCGCGUUUCGCCCUUCACCAUCCCGAUGAUGAUUUCCAAUAUCGCAAGCGGAGUGUUUUCGAUGGAGCACGGGUUCGGUGGUCCCAACAUGGCCAUUGUGACCGCUUGUGCGACUGCGAAUCACAGUAUCGGAGAAGCCUGGCGCAUGAUCAAAUUUGGAGAUGCCGAAGCAUUUAUUGCCGGAGGUUCGGAAGCGGCCAUUCUCCCGAUGGGCCUUGCAGGAUUCGGCAACAUGAAAGCUCUAAGCACUCGUAAUGACGACCCGGCGGCCGCUUCGCGUCCUUUCGAUACCGGUCGUGACGGAUUCGUGAUGGGCGAGGGUGCUGGCGUCGUAGUGAUCGAGGAAUUUGAGCACGCCAAGAAGCGGGGUGCCACUAUUCUUGCCGAGCUCACAGGCUAUGGCCUGAGUGCAGAUGCUUAUCACCUGACAUCACCUCAUCCCGAAGGAUUGGGGGCGGCCCGUUGUAUGGAAAUGGCGCUUAAGCACGCCAGGCUAAACCCGGAGGAUGUGCAAUACGUGAAUGCUCACGGCACUUCGACCCCGCAGGGUGAUAUUUGUGAGAGCAAAGCGAUCAAGAAAUCAUUUGGGAACUGGGCCAAAGAAGGACUAGUGGUCAGCUCAACCAAAUCAAUGACCGGCCACCUCCUUGGUGCUGCGGGCGGAGUGGAAAUUCUGGCCUGUAUUAAUGCCAUCCGCGACGGAGUGAUUCCGCCCACGAUCAAUCUUGAAGAUCAGGAUCCUGAAUGCGAUCUCGACUACUGCGCCAACACCGCGCGCGAAGUCGAAAUUAAGGCUGCCUUGAGCAACUCCUUUGGCUUCGGCGGGCACAAUGCCUCCCUGUUGGUAGAGAAGUUUUAG